GUUGUUAUUUUGUAGGAUUAAGUAGUGGAAGUAGUUAGAUUAAGUAGUUUAAGUAGUUAGAUUAAGUAGUUUAAGUAGUUAGAAGGAUGGGUUUUUGAAUUCUGAGUCGUGAUAUAAUACGGAUUGUUAUCUUCUGUAUUGAAUAUGGAAAGGUACUUUCCGUAUUCAGUAUGGAAAGUAACAAUCCGUAUUCGGUAUGGAAAGUAUAUUUCCGUAUUGAGUAUGGAAUGUAACUUUCCGUAUUCUCUUCCAGGGAUGACAGAUUCAUUUUUCUUUGGUGAGUCACAAUUGAUUGAAGCUGGAUUUCACAAUGGUCAACCUGAAGAGGCCACUACAGAGGUGCCACCACCAGCAUUUGUGCCCCCGUGUAUAAGUAUAGAUGUCUCGCAUUUAUUUGCAACUGAUCAGAUUUUCCCUACCCGUGAUGAUCUUAUCAAUUGGGUUCAUGGAAUUGCGAUUGAAAAUGGAUAUGUUACGUUGAUCACAAAGUCAGAUUAUGGUGGGAAUGGAAGCAGAAAAGCUUAUGUCAUGUUGGGGUGCGAGAAGCAUGGUAAAUAUGUUCCUUAUAGAGACCCUGACCUUGUUGAAGGGACGAGAUCACAAAAGACAGGUUGUCCUUUUAGACUAAAAGGACGACCUAGGAAAAAUGGCAUAGAUAGAGAUUGGCGGCUAAAGGUGAUGGAAGGUAUACACAACCAUGAACCAGCUAGGUCACUACUUGGGCACAAUUUUGUUGGUCGUCUAAAACCCGGAGAGAAGGAGCAAGUGGGAAAAAUGACAAGGAGUUGGGUUCCACCGAGAAAGAUGUUGUUGACUUUGAAGGAAAACAAUCCUUCAAACUUGACUACCAUAUCUCAGAUUUAUGGUGUUUGCAAGAGGUUAAGAAAAUCCCUCCGCGGGGGAUUGACAGAAAUGCAACACUUGUUGAAGAAGUUGGACGGUGACAAGUAUGUCCACUUUGAAAGACAUGAGCCUGGAUCGGAAGUCAUUAGGGAUGUAUUUUGGGCUCAUCCAAAUGCUAUCAAACUGUUCAACACAUUUCCAUAUGUAGUGAUUAUGGAUUGCACAUACAAGACAAACAAAUAUGCAAUUCCCUUGCUUGAGAUUGUUGGACUGACUUCCACAGAUAAGACAUACUCCAUAGCCUUUUGCUACAUUGUUAAUGAGGGCACAGAUGACUACGUUUGGGCACUGGAGUGUAUGAAGUCUCUAUUAGCUGAUCAAGCCAUGUUGCCUAAGGUGAUUGUUACUGACAGGGAUCUUGCCUUAUUGAGUGCUGCUAAGCAAAACCUUCCUAACACUACACAUUUAUUAUGCUUGUGGCACAUCAACAAGUGUGUUUUGGCAAAGUGCAAACUCUAUGUUGGCACAGAUGAUUUUGCUGAGUUGGUUAUGAUGAAGUGGGCAGAGGUGGUGGAUGCUGCAACAGUUGAAGAAUUUGAAGUGAAAUGGAUGCAAUUGGUACACGUUUAGGAAGAUUCACAUCAGAAUAUGAAGCUUGGCUUGUUACUUUUGGUGUUCCUCUUAUUCACCAAAGUUAUGUAGACAUCACCUCAGAUUGACACCACACUUUUGUGUGAUAUUCAUUUGUAAACGCUCUGUAAUAUUAAUCUGAUGGGCCUUGCCUUUAUGAUGUUCAUUUGUUGCUUUUAAUAAUAUUAAUUUGAUGGUCAUUGUUAUAUUGAUGGGCCUUAUUAUUUUGAAUCAGCAUCAGGGAUAAUUAACAUAGACAACCACUCUGUCAUCAGAGUCCUGUCAUUUUCAUCCACCCCAUCAUCAGAGUCCUGUCAUUUACAACCACCCCAUCAUCAGAGUCCUGUCAUUUCCAACCACCCCAUCAUCAGAGUCUUGUCAUUUUCAUCCACUAAAUGACGAACUUGAAACCUGACAUUACUAUCUACCACCAACCAACCCCAACCACACUUGUAUUAUCCACCAAACACCAUAAAUCUUUUGACCAUUCUGCUAUAAAUCUCUCUGGGUUCUUUAUUCUUCUUCAUCCUUUUCUUCAUGUCUUGCUUUCGAAGAUAAAAAAAAACAAUGGAACAAGACUGGGAUGCAUUAGUCCGCCGUUGCAAACGUCAAGGCAGCACUUCUAGCAGCUCUCGUCCUCUCAUUCCUGGGCCAGCUGGCGCCGUCCAGGCUGCCAUGUAUGGGCGUAGAUCCAACCCUAACACACUACUCAUUCCGACCCAAGAAUUUGUGAGGCGUUUGCUCGAAGACAGAUCAACCGAAACCGAUCCUGAUUUCAAUUCAAAUGCUUGGCUUACAGCCCUGCAAUUGGUGGAAUCUGCCACUCCGCUGGGCACAAUCACAACGAAUGUUGAGAGAGUAGAGAGUGUUGUUGCUGUUAUUAAAUCAUGCACUCCCAAUGGUUUCGGAGAUGCCAAAGUUACCCUCAAGGUAUUUGCUCGCUUUUGUCCAGCUUCUUUAACCGUCAAUUUGUUGUCUCAUUUUCUCUCACGAUUGCAUUGAUUUAGGACCCUACGGGCACCGUUGACGCUAGCGUCCAUCGCAAGGCCUUCACUGACGGGGAAUUUAGGAAUGUCAUAACUGUUGGAUCUGUUCUUGUUCUCCAAAAGGUCUAUUACCUUAAACAUUAAUCUUGCUUCCUUUGAACAAGUACGCAUUAAUCUUUUAAAUUUGCAAUUUACUUGCAGGUUGCUGUGUUUGCACCGAGUAAAUCUGUUCGUUAUCUGAAUAUAACGUUGCCCAACAUAGUCAAAGUAUUUCCACAGGAUAGCGGACCCCACGACUUCAUCGAUAUCACU